AUCGCAUAUCGUGUACCUAAUUUAUAUAAAUUUAUAACAAAAAGGAUGUUACUUCUAUGACGAUUUCUAUCUUAAAAUCUGUAUAAUAAUAAGCGUAAUAUAAUGGAAGAAGAAGUUUCAUCUUUUAGCGAUACAAUGAAACUCAACGGCGAGAUCGAAUGGCAACCGCUUGCUCUUACUUUGGUUGAGUAUCCAAAAGGUGAUUGGAUAGGGAAAUUCUUUGCCUUUAUUAGCCUGUCGCCUUUUGGAAUUGGCGCCGGAUUCGUCACGCUAGUUUUAUUUCGACGAGAUCUUCAUACCAUUGCCUUCUUUGUAGGCACACUGGUCAAUGAAGUAUUAAACAUAAUAUUAAAGCACGUAAUAUGUGAAGCAAGACCUCUAGCGCGAGGGCAUCUGUACAAUGAGUAUGGAAUGCCAUCGUCUCACGCUCAAUUUGUUUGGUUCUUCAGUAUUUACGUACUGUACUUUGUUGCUAUAAGAUUGCACCAUAUAAACAAUAAUAGUAUAAUAUCUGCGUUGUGGAAAGGCAUCAUAGUCUGUGGAUGUUUAAGCCUAGCCGUACUCGUGAGUGUAGGCCGGGUGUACCUACACUACCACACAUCCUCACAAGUCACAGUGGGGGCCCUUGUGGGCUUCCUCUUUGCAACAAUAUGGUUUGCCUUGGUGCAUAGAGUUCUGACGCCACUAUUUCCACAUUUAGUUACAUUAAAAGUUUGCGAGAUGCUGAUGAUCCGUGACACGACGCUGAUCCCCAACGUGAUGUGGUUCGAGUACACCACGACGCGACAGGAGGCGCGCGCGCGCGGACGGAAAAUGGCAGCACUCAAGCCCGCGCAAUGACGGUUAGUCGG